AAAAAGUUUAUUUAUCAGAUGAACAUUUCACACACUCUCUUGAGUAAAACAAACAGUAAUGAUGGAAUUGAAAUUAUAAGUGCCAGUGAAAGAGAAGUUAACUUUGAAUCUGAAGAUGAAAGUUUUAUGGACUUCGACAAUAGAGAUGACAAAGAAAGUGCAAUUGAAAAAAAUGACAUAGCGUUACAAUUUAAUAAUAAUACUAAAAAAGAAGAAUUUCUUUUUAAAACACUUCGAGAAUGGGCAAGAGCACCUGGUGUUCUUUCAAUGUCAAAAUUAGAUGAUUUACUGCAAAGAUUGUCUCACGGAUUUCNUGAUUUGCCAAAAAGUUACAAAACUCUAUUGAGUAAUCCCAACAUCAAUAUUGAUGACUUUGAUGGAGGUCGAUUUUGGUAUAGAAGCAUUAAGGAAAAUUUAGAUUCUUAUUUAUUACAUGAAUAUUUGAGAGUAAAUGAUAAAAUUCUANUUGAUAUCAAUAUUGAUGGAUUGCCUUUAUUUCGUAAAUCUAAAAAGAAAUUUUGGCCUAUACUUGGCAAACUUCAGAUGAACUUUCUAAUAAUGGUUACUCACGAGAUGGUAAAAUAUAUCACUUUUCUAUUAGNCAUUACAUUUUGGAUGCACCUGCCAGAUCUUUUGUUAAAUGUUGCAUAGNACAUUGUGGUUAUGCAGCCUGUGAAAAAUGCACUGUAUGGGGAAUUCGAGCAGAUAACAGAACUGUUUACGCUGACCUCAAUGCAUCUUUGCGCACUGACGAGUCAUUUUGUAAUNAAAAACAACCAUAUCAUCAUAGAGGUAUUUCACCAUUAUUGA